AUGAAAGAGCGCUUUUCUUCUAAAAUAAUCGAUAUCGAGGCGCAAACCGGUUCAUUGAUAACUCCAGACCAAUCGCAAUCGAUUUUUUCGACAUCGUUUCCUUAUUACGUUGAAGAGAAAAAUCCGCUUUUGAGGGGAGAAAAACAUGCACUUAUCAUCACAGUCCUUCAAGUUAUAUCGGCCGAGCAUCUUUUGAAUGACUUUUACCUCAUGCUUAAAGUGGGGUCGCAUUACUAUAAAGGUGAACCGUUUCAGCUUGGUGUAAAUAAAAAGCCGAAAUGGUAUCCACAAAACACCGUUAUUUCGUCUUCUUUGAUCUCCUCGCCCAUAUCUAGAAAUGGUGAUAUGGUGCUGGUUUCUGUUGGAUCCCGCGAAAAGCCGGUACAGUCGAACGCCAAUAUUGAACUCUGUCAAAAGUUUAUCUUUUGGGUUUCGUUGCAUGCCGAGCUGUUUGAUUAUGUGCAUGGUCUGGUUGGCAUUUCGGUCGAGUUUGUGUCGCAUGGGAUUUCGCAGUUUUUGAACGCAAAUGGCUUAAGGGACAGCUGCAAAAUCAGUUACGAUACAACUACGUAUCCCAUUUCGGCUGUAAGGCAAGAUAUGUUCAAAACGCAGUCUUUUUCCAACAAGCCUCUUACUGCCGAAGGUAUGCCGCAUUUAUUGUCGUAUCUUUUAGAGGCCAAAUCGAUAUAUCUGCGCUCAAGAUACAUGAAACCAAAUCCUUGUUUAGGUUGUUGUGCGCCUUUUCUUGACAAGCAGGCGUUCAAGGCAAUUUUGGACAUCCAGAACCAUUUAGAGGGAGCUCUACGUGGGCUGGAGCUUUCACAUGCCUUGGUGACCUUUUCCAUCAUUCUUCUGUCAAAAUAUUAUGCCCGAAAUUCAAGGGACGCGUUGGCAUCGCCUAUUCAAAUAUCAAAAAGUCCUCAAACGCAGCCAUCAAGGGUAAGCAUCGCCAAUUCAGAAUGUAGAUGUGCUUAUCUCCAACAAGGUGGCGAUCGUGCAGUAUCUGCAAAUCGACCCUGCUCACUUGCUUGUCAACGAGCUGGAGCAGAUGUCGGUGUAUCAGCCGGCCUAUUUGCUUUUUUACGACAAAGAGACAAACUCGAUCAUCAUCUCCAUUCGCGGCUCAAUGACUUCAACUGUGACUACAUAUCGUGGAAAGAGGGGCUUCUCCAUGGCGGGUUUUUCACAUGCGCGCAAUGGAUGGUUGAAAAUGUCUUUUCGGACACCAUCCCAAAAUACAUGGGCGUGUACAACACCAAAAAAGUGGUUGUCUGUGGCCAUUCCAUGGGGGCCGGUGUGUGUGCCAUCCUCGGCCUUCUGCUCAAUGAUCUCUGGGAGUCUUCAAAAUCCACGCAAUGGCACCCAGAUGACUUGUCUUUUUAUUGUUAUGGCACGCCGGCAGUUAUUUCGGAGCAUCUUGUCGAGCGCUCGCAGUGCCAUGGGAACAUCUUUACCUUCAACUAUGGCAACGACUUGGUUUCGCAUCUUUCAUUUGGAUCGAUCCGAGACUUUUGCACGCUCAUCAUGGUCGCAUCAAAAUAUGUUAGCCGCUCGUUUUUCUAUUAUCUCAACGAAGAUUCUCCCGUCUUUGAGGAGGCAAUGAAUGAUAUCCAAAGCACCGACAAAUUAUUAAGAGGAAAUAGUUUGUCACGAUCACGAUCACGAUCGCCAUCAUCUUCAAAUCAACUGCUCCCAGAUGCCUGUAAUAAUAUCAAGUUGCUUUCCCCUGGGAUAUAUUACCAAAUAUACAAAGUAGAUGAGCUCCCCUCAACGCUAGAGUUUUCAUCUCCCGCAGCGGGAGAAGAAUAUACCCACCUAGCGUCCAGCAUAUGCCCAGAUAAGGCGUUCAAGUACACGCUUCUGCAGAGAAGCCAGGGACAGCACCAUUGCCAUAUGCUCGUCACCUCGAAUUCGAUUGCGCACCAUUUGCCAUUUAGAUAUGAGCUUGGCUUUGAUAGGUCCAUCCAGACCAUGGCUGCCGUGGCGAGUAGCCGUGCAAAUGCGUAG